AUGACCUGCUGGUUGCUCUGGGCUCAUAACCUAUUCGAUCAACUCUACUACGUCAGCGAUGUAGUUAUAGCCAAGAGUGAUAAAUGCAUUUCAACAUACCUAUUCGAUCAACUCUACUACGUCAGCGAUGUAGUUAUAGCCAAGAGUGAUGAAUAG